GAUCACGCUCAUCCUCCACAAUGGCGACACCUUUCGGCACAAAAUGUGUCCCCUUCGAUAGGCGAGAGUCGCAGUCUGUGCGACAGAUGGGGCCCUUUCCCCAGACUGCUGGGUGGGCGGGGGAGACAUGCCGCUCGAUGCGACUCUGCCAGGUCAUGAUGGAUGGGGUAUAAUACAGGUCACGACACCCUGCGACAGAGCGCCAUUCGGUCCCUCCUUUGGUCCAGCGAGGUCUUGCAACUCUUCAGCUACUCAUACACUCCGUUUGCGGUUUCAUCCUUGUCGCCCACCCCUCAAUCAAAAUGAUCAAGCAGAGCCCAGACCACAUCGACCAUGGCGAUGGCGAGAGCCAUGCUAUCGACGAGAAGGCCGCGGCAGUCCAGGUGGACCACACAGGCAGCCAUAUGAAGACAGACCCAGCCGAGAUAGCGCUUGUGCGCAAGCUCGACUGGCGGAUCAUGCCAACACUGUGCUUCAUGUACUUCCUCAACUACAUCGAUCGGAAUGCCUUGGCGUCGGCCCGUUUGAAUGGAAUAGAGAAGGAUCUCGGGAUGAGCGGAUUCGAAUUCAAUACCACCAUCAGCAUCCUGUUUGUGGGAUACGUUUUGAUGCAGAUCCCAAGCAACAUGCUCAUCACGAAGAUCAAGCCCGGCAUCUACAUGAGCUCAUGGAUGGUUGUCUGGGCUGUGGUAUCUGCAUGCACCGCUCUUGUUAAGAACUUUGGAGGCCUCGUGGCUUGCCGUUUCUUCCUCGGAAUCACAGAAGCGCCUUUCUAUCCUGGAGCCACAUAUAUGCUAUCCAUUUUCUACACUCGUCGAGAGGUUGCUACUCGCAUCGCCGUCCUGUACUGCGCCCAAAUCCUCGCAACGGGCUUCGCAGGUCUGAUCGCCGCCGGAGUCUUUGCAGGCAUGUCAGGUCUCGGCGGGCUCAAGGGAUGGCAGUGGCUGUUCAUCAUUGAGGGUGCUGUGACGGCCCUUGUCGCGGUGGCUGGCUUCUGGCUCCUCCCCAAUACGCCCCUGACUACGCGGUGGCUCACCACGGAAGAGCGCGAGCUCGCACAUGCCCGCAUGGAGAGAGACCGUGUUGGCGACUCGAUUGACGGCCAAGUCAGUGCUUGGGCUGGGCUUAAACAGGCUGCUUCUGACAAGCGGACUUGGCUGUUCUGUCUCAUGCAAAACUUCCACCUCAGCGCCUGCUCAUUCAAUAGCUUCUUCCCGACUGUCGUCAAGACUCUCGGCUUCAACACGACCAUCACGCUCGUCCUCACAUGUCCGCCAUUUAUCGUCGCUGGCGCCGCCGGUAUCUUUACAGGCUGGAGCUCCGGUCGUCACCACGAGCGGACUUGGCACAUCACUGGCGGCCUGUGCGUCGCGAUUGUCGGCUUUGUCAUCGCUGCUAGCUCGCUCAACACCGUGGCCCGCUACAUUGCAUGCUUCAUCUUCCCGAUCGGCGCGUACUCUGUCAACUCGGUGAUUAUCGGCUGGGCGUCAUCGACACUUUCGCAGACCAAGGAGAAGAAGGCUGUUGUCCUCGCAAUGACGAAUGUCGGUGGCCAGAUUGGCUACAUAUACGGUGCCUACCUGUGGCCCAGCUACGACGAGCCCCGCUACGGCAUCGGCUUUGGCGCGUCUGCGGGCUUUGCGCUGCUGUCCAUCGGCUGCGCGUGGGUCAUCCGGAUCUGGCUGAAGCGCGAAAACAAGAAGCUGCUGGCUGCCGCCGAGGAGUCGGGCACGCACGUCAACCUGUACGGCUACUAGGCUUGAUGGCUUGAGGCUGAACAGUCGCUUUGGAAGCAGGACCCGCGCACAAGCUGGGUUUCAAGCUGGCCUGCAGGCUGUUGUAUCAGAGCCCAUGCAGGCACAUGUACGGGGUCCAGGUAGCUGCGGUCCUAUGGUGCCUUUGCACAAAUAAUAUUCUUUUCCUCGCAUACUCGUGUCUGCUGCAUGCGUCGUCCCCAUGCCCAUGAGAGAAAAUAUGGUCACAUACAGAGGUAAUGUCCCCAUCGUACAACAAUACAUUCCGCCAUCAAAAUCAAAACCUCGCUUGCUUGCCCAUUUGAAAUUGAAACACCAAACAAUAGUAGUCAUACAAACCCCUCUUCGGCCAAAAGGACUAAAGGAGCACCCUUCUAAUUCAUCAAGCUGGCCAUAACGACAGCACCCAGC